GGUGGCAGGUGGUGGUUUCUUGAAGAGAUAAGACAUCUGCGCCGGGCGCGCGCGCCCCGGACGCAUGGCGAGCUGUGACGGCUCAGGCGAUGAGCCCCUGCUGCACAUCUCAGAGGCGUUGUUGCAGAGCGACUUGGAGGUGUCUCCUGACUCAGGGCGCCAGGAGGUUCUCACCUGGAGCCAACUCAGCCAGCUGAAGGCGGAUGCCUUGGAGAGCAUGGAGGGUCUUUGGAACUUCACGCUCGCACCCUCUGAAAGGACUACUUUCUCGGCAGCGCCUUGCGAGUUGGAGGAAAGGACCACCUCAGAAGCGCCCUGCGAGUUGCAGGAGGACUCAAACAUGGCAGCUACAACAGCUCCAAGCACGUCACCUGUACGUGCAAGGAUCCUUCCGCCCCACUUGCAGCACCGCUUUGACAGCUUGGCAAGCACCGUGCCGGACAGCGAGGACGUCGACCCAGAAGCUGACGUGGUCAAGGCUGAGGCCAAGGACACAGCUUUGGACAAGGCUGACGACUGCGCCGUCGAGGUGGAGAUGGAGACCAUGGAGACCGAGCCCAAGGCGAAGGAGGAGGCUCCACAAGAGCGGCACUGGGCCUUCGAGCUGCUCCACUGGCUGCAAAAUGCCGGGGACUGUGGCGCCUGUGCGAGCUGCGCUGAGGUGCCUUGCCGCAGGAGCUGAGCUGAGCAUUAUCUUUUUAGUUUGCUGGUGGGUAGGUGUCGAAAGAAGGGCCUGGCUUCCCUGUU